CCUGGCGCUGGCUUGACAGUUUCAUCCCCGCCCACUGGCAGGAGAGGGCCAAGCCCGGCUGCACGCGCGCGCGCAGGGGGCCAUAAAAGCUGCGGACGAGCGGAGUCGCCGAGCUCGCCCACUGCCCGCCGGAGCAGCGGUCGCACCAUGCACGUGAACGGCAAAGUGGCGCUGGUGACCGGAGCGGCACAGGGCAUCGGCAGAGCCGUUGCAGAAGCGCUGCUGCACAAGGGCGCCAAGGUAGCGCUGGUGGAUUGGAAUCUGGAAGCAGGUGUAAAGUGUAAAGCUGCCCUGGAUGAGCAGUUUGAACCUCAGAAGACCCUGUUCAUCCAGUGCGAUGUGGCUGAUCAGGAACAACUGAGAGAUACUUUUAGGAAAGUUGUAGACCACUUUGGAAGAUUGGACAUUUUGGUCAACAAUGCUGGAGUGAAUAAUGAGAAAAACUGGGAAAAAACCCUGCAAAUUAAUUUGGUUUCUGUUAUCAGUGGAACCUAUCUUGGCUUGGAUUACAUGAGUAAGCAAAAUGGAGGAGAAGGUGGCAUCAUUAUUAAUAUGUCAUCUUUAGCAGGACUCAUGCCAGUUGCACAACAGCCCGUUUACUGUGCUUCAAAGCAUGGCAUUAUCGGAUUCACACGCUCAGCAGCGAUGGCUGCUAAUCUUAUGAACAGUGGUGUGAGAAUGAAUGCCAUUUGCCCAGGCUUUGUUAACACACCCAUCCUUAAAUCAAUUGAAAAAGAAGAAAACAUGGGACAAUAUAUAGAAUAUACAGGUCCUAUCAAGGAUAUGAUGAAAUUCUAUGGAAUUUUAGACCCAUCGAUGAUUGCCAAUGGAUUAAUAACACUCAUUGAAGAUGAUGCUUUAAAUGGUGCUAUUAUGAAGAUUACAACUUCGAAGGGAAUUCAUUUUCAAGACUAUGAUACAACUCCAUUUCAUGGAAAAACUCAAUGAGCACCUUUAUCUGCCAUAACUGAAAAUAAGCAGAAAUAGCUUACACGCAGAUCAUUUCUUCAUUGAACAUAGCGUUUUAAAUGAAACGUUAGCAAUUGAAGCUUUCUUACAUAAUUUGUUAAAGUACAUGGAUAGAAAAACAUGAGCUAUCAAAAAUAUGGGGUGGACCAAAGAUAGGUUGUAACCUUUACCUUCUAAGUAUUGAUUAAAACAAAGGAUAUCAAAGGAAUAUUCUGCUUUUCAGAAAAUGUAUUUAUACCUGUGAUUAAUAAAUAUUAAUAUUUUUCAGAACAUCAUAUUAAAGGAGAUACUUGAAUUGUUAUUUAAAUCAAAUCAAAUGUAAAAAAAAUAACCUCUGUCUUUGUUUGGAUUUUAAACAGUGUCUAGUUAACAGUGUCAAAUGUUUAGUAAUCACUUUUAAUUAAAUAUCUUUUAGCUGAAUAUUUCAACUCUUUAAAGAUAUGGCAUAUUUGAGGGACAGUAGUUAAGGAAUAAAUUAUAGUGUGAAUAUAUCUCGAAUGAAAAAUCUUAUGUAUAGAAAAAUUACAGAAAGUAAUAGACAGACUGUUGUUGGUUCACAGUGCAACCACCUGUCUCAGAAAAGCAUUUUCCUUUUUGUUAGGUUUUGCCACAGAGCAAGGGCAUAUGCUGCAGAGGGAUAGAGAGGGAAAUGAAGAAAUCCCCCCCCCCCCCCCGCUUCGGGAACAUCCAUUUCUC